CAAUCCGCGAGCAGUAUGGCGCUACGCGCUCUGGCACGGCAACGUACGUAGCUGUCACGUCGUUCAUUCGUGUGUCUGUGUAUUCGUCGACGAGCCACCACGUCUCUGACAGGGUGAAUCCGCGCGCGAAUUACGGUUGUCGAUUUCGCGCGACUGGAUCGUACUUUUGACAUCCCGAAGGAGCGAGAUUGCGAGUAAAGGGUACAAAACGAGAAACCAGGUAACGAGAACGGCUCCACAAAGCCGUGGGGGAAGAGAAAAAAAAAUGUAAAAUACGAUUUUAAAGAGAAGAGAAUUCGAAAGGGCGAGAUUAACUUCCACGCGUUAAUAUGCAACCGCGUGCAGCCCGUCCGGCCUGACGGUGGUCGUAGACGACGCCGGAUAACGUGCGCCAGUAGCGCGUUGCGGUGACGAAAGGCUUCUCUCCACAACGUGCGGUAAACGAUAACGCGCGAUCGAGAAUGACGGGCCCCUCGAUGGUCAUCAUCAACAUCGGUACCGAUAACGCCAAUACGGCAAUCGAGAAAAAAACGCGAAGGCAAUGAUAGCUUCAAAUUUUCGGAUCGGUCUCACAUGUUCGAACGCCGUUUAAGACACGUAUGAUAUGACAUUAGGGUUGAGAACAGUCUCGUAAAAGAGCACCAGCUUCAUAUAAAAUUUAUUAGAGAGUGCGGAAGUACACACGGACGUAAAAGUCCAGCACCAGCUGAUCGCUGAUAAACACGACGGGACGCGCGGCAUGUUCCUUAUUAAUUAACACCGCGUGUUCACGUCUCACUUGAUAAUCUGUGGGCGAGCCUCCCGUUGGACUACAAUAAGCGGCAAAUUUGCAAGAUGGCAUGUCCAUUCUCUAGCAGACGCUUCAAACUAACUCACAGGGAUGAUAAUACCAGGGAAGGGGACCACCGCAGGACCGCGAGACUCAGACAGGACGAGCGAAGCAAAGCAUCGCGGCAAUCAUCGGUACAGAUAACAUCGUCGCUUUUAGGAGAAGAUGGUGACGAUUUCGAGGACACACAGACACUUAAUCUGAAGCAUCUAAGAGCCGCAGUGACCCUCUUGACUAACCCUUCGAACGACGUAGUGGCUGUGGCAUUAGAAGUUCUAUUAAAUAAACAUGAAAUACCUCUUCCAACGACGACAACAUCGUCUUUAGAAAAACUUCUAAGUAAUGUUGAAGAGGAGGAAAAUUAUAACCUACUAGAAGACAUUUAUGAGACAUUAAAUUACGAUUGUGACGUCGACGUGAACGCGUUUUUCGAUCAUCUCGGACAGGAGCUGAUCACAUCGGCUUGCGUGGGUCUCUUAGAGCGGGCCUUUCGUUGCCUUGGGAACGAUCUGACCGCUUUCCUGACAACACUCGACGGCGUAAACGACGUUGUCCAGCAUCAGUCGGGAUCGGAUACCGAGGCGGAGUUCGUGUGUAUCGCCACACCGGAAGCAUUGGAACUACAUUUCACCACCGAUCACCCUUCCAUCGCCUAUCUUCUGGUAGGCAGUCUGAAGGGCAUUGCUAGGCAGUUCUAUAACGACAAAGCCGAUGUGUAUAUACUGCCGGAUCCCUACAAUACAAAAUUUUUUAGAUACCGCAUUACUCCGGAACGUUACAGCGGACAGCUGGACGUAGACGACGACUACGAUGUGGUAUCGCCCACUUUCCGUCCACUCUCCACCAAAGCAACGGACCUUCGUAUGGGGGUAGCGAGCUUUUGCAAGGCGUUUCCGUGGCACUUUGUCGUCGAUCGUCAGCUGGAGCUAGUUCAGCUCGGUGUCGGUUUCAUGAAGAUUUUCGGCCAUCACCUGAACCGGCUCGGCAGAGAGAUAUCGACAUAUUUCGUCUUUACACGACCUCACGGCGUCACUCUGACCUUUCACGAGAUCCUAAAGCGCGCGAAUACACCAUUUAUCCUGACUCUCCAGAGACCGCAUGACGUCGAUAAAUAUCCUGCGGAGGGUCUGGAAAUGAAGGGUCAGAUGGUACACUGUCCAGAGUCAGAUUCGAUUUUAUUUGUGAGCUCACCGUUCUUGAACGGUUUGGAGGGUUUAACGGGUCGAGGACUCUUUAUUUCUGAUAUCCCUCUUCACGAUGCUACAAGGGACGUUAUACUCGUUGGCGAGCAAGCUAGAGCACAGGAUGGCUUAAGGAGACGUAUGGAUAAAUUGAAGAGUUCUAUAGAAGAAGCUAACCUGGCCGUCGAUGCGGAAAGAGAAAAGAAUGUCAGCCUUUUACAUCUUAUAUUUCCGCCGGAUAUCGCAAAGCGUUUAUGGCUGGGAGAGACAAUCGAGGCGAAAACGUAUCCGGACGUUACGAUGCUGUUUAGCGACAUAGUCGGAUUUACAUCUAUUUGCGCUACAGCAACACCGAUGAUGGUUAUCAAUAUGCUUCAAAAUCUGUAUGAGCAAUUUGAUCUUUAUUGUGGUCAAUUGGACGUGUAUAAGGUAGAAACAAUCGGCGAUGCCUAUUGCGUUGCAUGCGGCCUUCAUCGUAAUACCAAUACACAUGCACAACAAAUUGCUUGGAUGGGCCUAAAGAUGAUACAAACGUGCUCUCAUCACCUGACUCACGAAGGCAAGCCAAUAAAGAUGCGCAUCGGCAUUCACACUGGAAUGGUGUUGGCGGGCGUCGUGGGCAAAAAGAUGCCAAGAUAUUGUCUCUUCGGACACAACGUCACAUUGGCGAAUAAAUUUGAAUCUACGAGCGAGCCACUUCGUGUCAACGUCAGUCCAUCUACGUACCUGUGCUUAAUACAAAAAUCGGGAUUCAUAUUGGAACCGCGGACCAAGGACAAUCUACCUAAGGAAAUGCCAGCCGGUGUAUCGGGCACAUGUUACUUUCUAAAUGGGUAUCAGCACAGCAGCGUCAGCGCGAGCGAAUCUCUCGACGUGCAUAUUCAAGCUGCAAUUACGGAAUUCGGCAUCAGUAGCAAUAUGUAGAUACCUAUCUUCUGAUAUGGGGACGUGUAUCGCUGAUCAGUGUGUUACUUUAACGAUAUUACUGUCGAUAAUAGCGAUGGCACACCCGACACUAUCGGAUCGAUCGAUGUAUAUGAAGCUCUCAAAGCUGGCACUAAAGGUACAUUAAAAGCAUGGCGCUAAUUAUGUACGAACACACUAAAAGAGAUCCUGUGCGGAUAUUAUUUAUACGCAGAGUCUUAGGUUGUAAUCAUUAUAUACCUACUAAAUAUAAGAAGCAAGUAAAACUCUACUAUGGACUCUAUA